AUGUAUCACUACACCACUCCACCUCCCGGGUGGUCCUACGACUAUACGACCUCUCCUCCCACGUCUCCUCACUACGCCUACUACGCCUCCCCCUUCGCCAAUGCUUACGGCUCGCCGCGCGGUCCUUCAAAGCGUCACAACCGCAAAGCCAGCUACGCCGGUCCCAAAGAAACCGCCGGAUGGUAUGCUGGGUAUGGGCAAGGGUUCUACGAAGCGAUGCCAGAAUAUGGCACGCCACCGCGCAAGCACGAUCCUGUAAGUGCUUCUUUUGGUGGCUAUUCUCGUCGUCGCAGCACCAUGUCCGGGGCCCCAGCGGCGGGCCCCUGGGAACAUGCCGGCGCCCACCCGUCGCACCCGUCGCACACCCGGCCCAUUUUCGUGGAUGUGGUCGACGAUGGAUCCGAUGGUGAUGCGCCGCGAUACGUCUUCCGCGAGGAACCCAGUCCUCCGCGUCGCAAACCGUCGACGUCUCACCGCAAGCCCAAGCCACCCACUGAUCAAUAUUUCUACUAUAAUCAGGUGCCUGCCCAUGAAGAUGCUGAUGCGGCCAAGCGAUCUCGGGCGCGCCGUCAAUCCACUUCCACCCGCACGCCCAGCAAGCCAAAGCCGUCCACUCCCACCUCCAAGCCGGCCCCCAAAGCCACAGAAGCCGACGCUGCCCGAGAAGGGAUCCCCCCGGGCUACUCGAUCAAGAACUGGGACCCAACGGAGAUGCCGAUCAUUCUUCUGGGCAGUGUAUUCGACGCGAACUCACUGGGCAAGUGGAUCUACGAUUGGACCGUGUUCACGCAUGGGGCCUCAACGCCCAUGGCGGACGUAGCGGGCGACCUGUGGCUGCUGUUGAUCAAAUUGGCCGGCAAGGUGAAGAGGGCCAACGAAUGUCUUGACCGCAUCCGGCGCCCCGAGGCGCAGGAGGUCGUGGAGGAUUUCCUGCAGAGUGGGGAACGCCUGUGGGCGCGGUUCAAGAAGCUGCUCAAAACCUGUGAGCAGUUUAUGUGGAAGGCGGCCAAGCGGGAAGGGGGCAAGGGCUCUGUGUCGAUGGGCCGCAAUGCCGGCUGUGAGUUUGUCGAGACGAUCUUUGGCCGGGAUCGCGAGCUGGAGAGUACGGAGAAGCUGAUGAACAGCAUCCGUUUGUGGAACAUGCGGUUUGACGCCAACUGCGAAGAGAUUCUCCGUCGCCCGUCGGCUGCCUAG